ACAACUCCUCUUGCUUAUUUAUCUACUGCAACGCAUCUUGUACUAUUUUUGGUUACCAUUGUGCAAUGCAUUUUGUUCCUUUUAGUGCAUUCAUCCUUUGCUCAACAAAACAUUGUCACCGACAAAGAAGCGUUAAUUUCGUUCAAGUCUAAGUUAGACAGUGCCGAGUCUCGAACUUCUUUGUCUUCAUGGAAUAACCAGAAUUCCUCUCCAUGCAACUGGACUGGGGUGAGUUGCAAUGGCUUUGGCCAGAGAGUCAUUUCUCUUAACCUUUCGGGGUUCGGAAUUGAAGGAACCAUAAGCCCCCAUAUAGCCAACCUCUCUUUUCUUCGUACUAUUGAUCUUGGUAACAACAAGCUAAGAGGAGAAAUACCAUCUCAAAUUGGUAAUCUUUUCCAUUUAAGGGUCUUAAAUCUAAGCGUAAAUAGCUUGGAAGGCAUGAUACCACUUAAUAUAAGCAAGUUAAGUAAGCUUCAGACCCUUGAUCUGAUGACUAAUAAGAUUACAGGCCAAAUACCUCAACAACUUGGUCAUCUGAGCAAGCUAGUGGUUUUGAAGCUGGGGCAAAAUGUGUUUUGGGGUGAAAUUCCACGGUCAUUAUCCAAUCUUUCUUCGCUUACUGAUUUGAACUUGGGUACCAAUAGCCUCAGUGGAAAUAUACCUGGCGAGUUGGGCAAGCUCAGAAACCUGAAAGUUCUUGAUCUCACAGUAAACGGACUUACUGGGACCGUUCCUUCUGAAAUUUACAACUUGUCUUCUUUAGUCAAGCUGGCAGUUGCAUCAAACCUACUAUGGGGUGAAAUUCCAUAUGAUGUUGGGGUUAAGCUUCCAAAUCUUCUAAUAUUCAACUUCUGCUCAAAUUAUAAUUUCACUGGAAGAAUUCCAGGGUCUUUGCACAACCUCACUAAUAUACAGGUUAUUCGCAUGGCACACAACCUUCUAGUGGGGACAGUGCCACCAGGUUUAGGAAAUCUGCCAUUUUUGCAUAUGUACAAUAUCGGGUUCAACAAGAUUCAUAAUCCUCCAGAUGAUGAUCUCUCUUUUAUCACUUCUUUAGCAAAUAGCACCCGUCUCAAUCACCUAGCAAUUGAUGGCAAUGCUUUUAAAGGUGUUAUUCCAGAGUCAAUUGGCAAUCUUUCCAAGGUGCUUUCAAACCUGUACAUUGGAAAAAAUCAUAUUCACGGGGAGAUACCAUCAACGAUCGGCCUUCUCAGCAGUUUGACAUUGCUAGAUUUGAAUGAUAAUUUUAUUUCUGGAAAAAUCCCAGAGGCCAUAAGCCAUUUACAAGAGCUACAAAUUCUGGGUUUGGCAAGGAAUAGAUUAUCUGGCAUAAUUCCAAAUUCACUCGGCAAUCUCAGAAAGCUAAACAAGAUCGAUUUGUCAGGAAAUGAAGUAGUUGGUCAAAUACCAAUUAGUUUUCAAAACUACAAAAGUCUACUUUCACUAGACUUAUCAAACAACAAACUCAAUGGAAUCAUACCCAAAGAGGUUCUAAGUCUUCCUAGUUUGAGUAUCAUCUUAAAUCUGUCCAAGAACUUCUUGGAUGGACCAUUGCCUGAAGUUGGGGUUCUAGAAAAAAUUGUUACCAUUGACCUCUCAGACAACCGCUUAUCUGGUAACAUUCCCCAAUGGUUUGAAAGUUGUAAUAGCUUGGAAAAGCUAUUUAUGGCCAAAAAUAAUUUUUCAGGCCAUAUUCCUGUUGCUUUAGCAGAAGUAAAAGGAUUGGAAGUUCUAGACCUCUCCUCAAAUCAACUUUCUGGAUCUAUUCCUCCUGGCAUACAGAAACUAGAAGCUCUUCAAACUUUGAACCUAUCAUUCAAUGACUUGGAAGGAAAAAUUCCUAGCCUGGGAGUAUUUGGAAAUAUGUCUAAUAUCCAUUUAGAAGGAAAUCCGAAUCUUUGCAUGCACUCGAGAUGUGAGAAAUCUCCAAAUAAUAGAAGGCAAACUGAAAUCAAGGUGAUCCUUCCUAUUUUGGCAACAACAACAGUUUUUUUUCUGAUUGCUUUGUAUAUGGUACUAAAGAGGAAAGAAACAAAGGUCAAUGUCAAAUGUCCUGACUUGCAAAAUGGGAAGCCUGAAAUGAUUUCAUACCAUAAGCUCCGUGAAGCAACAAGACAUUUUGACCAGGAAAAUUUGAUUGGUAGUGGGAGCUUUGGAACUGUAUACAAAGGAUAUCUUGAAGGAAACAUACAAGUUGCCGUGAAGGUUCUCAACAUCGAAACCUCUGGAUAUUGGAAGAGCUUUGUGUCCGAGUGUAAGGCUUUGAGAAAUGUAAGGCACCGUAAUCUUGUCAAGCUAAUCACAUCAUGCUCGAGCUUGGACAUGAAAAACAUGGACUUUCUAGCUCUAGUUUAUGAAUUUCUCAGUAAUGGAAGCUUAGCAGACUGGAUUAGUGGAAAAAGAAAGCAUCCUAAUGGCCAAGGUCUUUCUUUUCUUGAAAAAUUGAAUAUUUCAAUAGAUGUUGCCGGUGCUCUGAAUUAUCUCCACCAUGAGUGUGAAGUUCCAAUAGUACACUGUGAUCUCAAACCAGACAACAUUCUUCUAGACAAAGAAAUGACAGCAAAGGUAGGAGAUUUUGGCCUAGCUAGGCUCAUGCAAGAGAGAAUGAGCAAUCCAGUUUCUAUCAGCUCUACAUUUAUUGUAAAGGGAUCCAUCGGUUACAUACCACCAGAGUAUGGUUUAUGUGAGAAAGCUUCGACUUCGGGAGAUGUUUAUAGCUACGGUGUAAUGCUAUUGGACCUCUUUACAGGAAUGAGCCCUUUGCAAGAAUGCUUUAGUGGAGAAUCUAAUCUAGUAAAAUGGGCAGAAUCAAACUUUUUAGAAGCAGAGGUGCAAGUACUUAAUGUACAGGAUGAAGUCCAAUAUGAAGAGACAAGCAUGAACCCAGAAUAUGAAUGUUUGAUGAAAGUCAUCAAAGUAGGUCUAGCAUGUGCCAAAGAUUCACCUGAUGGCCGCAUCAACGUCAAAGAAGCUCUGCACAGUUUGAUUAAUGCUGGAGACAUCUUUCUUAAGUCCGAUCUCAAAUUUAAUUAA